AUGGACAAUGAAUGGAAGUUUGACCGGGCAAAUGUCACCCCUAUUCCCAAUAUCGAAAACUGGAACGCGACAAGCCAGAAAGGCGAGCCCUAUUUGAUCCAAGUUUCAUGGCCCUUGGGCUGGCCUCCAAUUGAACGAACACAUGAAUGCUCGCAGGCAGCUAAUAUGAUCUACGUUGUGGACGGCAACGCAAUGUUCCUCUCAGCAACAGAUGUCGUACGACGGAAUGGGCUCGGCCGUCACAAUAUCGGAACAAUCGUUGUCGGAAUUUCCUACCCGAUGUCGGAUGCUGUUUACAGUGCUCGUCGAGGCUUCGAUCUCACGCCUCCUUGUGAAAGCUACAACCCGCCGAAAGACGCAGAUGGAACGCCUUACCCACAGCCCCAUGGAGGAGCUGAUAUUCUUCUUGGUUUUAUAAAUAAGGUUCAUAGCUUUUUAUUUGCCUCGGUUUUCCCUCAAGUUUCAAUUCGGCAAACUGCGCUUUUCGGCCAUUCUUAUGGUGCCAUCUUCGCUCUUCACGCGCUAUUCACUGCGCCUGCAUCAUUUGACGCAUACCUGGCGGCCAGUCCUUCAAUUUGGUGGAAUGACAAGUUCAUCAUCCAGGAGGAACGUGAAUUCUACGCGAAGCCAGAUCUUCAACAUCGGCCCCUGGUGUGGAUGUCGUAUGGGUCUCUGGAGCAGGUGCCUGAUCGGCAAAAAGGGGAGUCAGAGGUGGAUUACGAAAAACGACUACGCAGUUCAUCUGAGCGUCGCAUGGCAGAUAAUUGCGAUGAGAUGUACCUAUGUCUGAAAGCUAGUGAGCGAUUGGGAUACAUGAGGAAGAGGGUUUAUGAAGCAGAGGAUCACGGAAGUGUCAUUGCUACCUCCUUGAGUGGAGCUAUUCUCUGCUUUAUUGAAAAUUCAUCCCACUCAAGUGAUGCAAAUGCCGAGUGCUGA